GUUCUUCUUCUACUUUCAGUCUUCUUAGCAGCGCCACCUGCCGUCAAUACUGGCCCCUUAAGCUACAGCAUAUGCCAAGCUGGUUGCGCAGGCGUCGUAACAGCCUGCUACGCCGCUGCUAGAGCGGUUUGGGGGGCAACAGCUGGUGUCGCAGCUGCUCCCGCUGUCAUUGCAUGCCACGUAGCGUUCAGAAAGUGUCAAGCUGCAUAUGCUGUGGUGGCUUUAGCUCCAAUCCCUUGA